AUAUAUGCACAUAGCACUGACAAUUACAUGCUGUGCUCAAAGGAACAUUUCUCAUGGUUGUAUCCUCUGAAUCCUUUUAGCCCAUUUUCAUUCCCAUAUUUCUACAUAUCACUUCUUUUUUUCUACCUUACAAGUUACAAGCAAAUCAUGGAUUUACAAGAUAUUGCUCAAUCACUAGAACUUGGAUUCUCCAGCAGCAAUAUUGAAAUGAUACCCUUGCAACCACCAGUCCAUAACUCUAAUUACCUAAUGACUUCUCCUCCCUCUAAUUUCUCAUUCAUGGGCAAUCCGAUUGAAGAGCCCGCGGUGCCAAUUCUUUCAUCGAUCGAUGAAAUUAUUGCAUCGACUCAUGGUAGCGGAAAUGAAUAUUCAUGUUUACAAAAGAGAAACUCUAUGGAGGUUAUGAGGGAGAUGAUUUUCCGUAUGGCGAUGAUGCAGCCGAUUCAUAUUGACCCUGAAUCAGUGAAGCCACCCAAAAGAAAGAAUGUCAAGAUAUCGAAGGAUCCACAGAGCGUAGCAGCGCGGCAUAGGAGGGAACGAAUAAGCGAAAGGAUAAGGAUUUUGCAAAGAUUAGUCCCUGGAGGAACCAAAAUGGACACUGCUUCUAUGUUAGAUGAGGCUGUCCAUUAUGUUAAGUUUCUAAAGAAGCAACUUCAAUCUUUAGAGCAAGCUGCGGUUAAUAAUAGGCCAAUGGGUUCUGGAUUUUCAACAGCAAUGUCAUCACCAGGGCCAAUGAAUUAUAAUUCAAGUUCUAUCAGAUCAUGCCAGACUCAUCCAUCCAUGAACUCUAGUGCACAAAUGCUAAGUUAAAAUAAUACUAGUAUAAAAUAACAUAUCUACGCGGCGUCAUGAUCAUGCUAAUGAGUACUUUAAGAUUCUCUGGACCAUUUCUCGAUUUGUGUGAUGUAAUCUUUGCGCAAGGACUAAGCUAAUUUUCUCAGUAUCCUUCCAAUUUUAUCGGAUGUUCCGAAAUGACUAGGUUCGUCUUGUGUUUGUAAUUCCAGUCUUGAGCUAGAAGCAUGCCACAUGUGAGAAGAGUUUGACAUUCUGGAUUUAAUAGGUUUGGGUUCUUGUACUGUUGAGUAGAUUUAUUGAGAUUUCCUCAACGUGUUAAUAGACUUUGUGUGAAGAGACUUUCUUGGUUUUCCUUUUCC